UAGCAUCAAUCUUCCAAUCUUUUUCACCAGUUUCUAGUUUGCCUCUUAGUAUUACUGGUAGGAAAUAAUACAAGGGAAACCAUUAAGAUGGGUUCCGCAGGAGAAUUGGGUGACGAUAGCCAACCAAGAAAAUAUUGGAGAUGUAGCAAGCAGGAUUUCUUCCCAGAGGAAUCCUUUCAAAACUGGAACACAUAUCUGUCUGCACUAUCACAAACAUUUCUUCGGUUCAAGGACCGUCUCAUAAGCAGAUCAAAUGAGGCCGAGGAGAUUGGAGAACUUCGCAAACGAAGUGAGAAUGAUAUGAAACAAUGCCUCACCUGGUGGGAUCUCACCUGGUUUGGGUUUGGUUCAGUCAUUGGUACGGGGAUCUUUGUGCUCACUGGCCAAGAAGCGCAUGAUCAUGCUGGACCAGCCAUCGUUUUGUCCUAUGUUGCUUCCGGUGUUUCAGCAAUGCUCUCUGUCUUCUGCUACACAGAAUUUGCUGUAGAAAUCCCAGUUGCAGGAGGGUCAUUUGCUUACUUAAGAAUUGAAUUGGGCGACUUUGCCGCUUUCAUAACAGCAGGAAACAUACUGCUUGAGAGCAUUGUUGGAACUGCAGCAGUUGCCAGAGGAUGGACUUCGUACUUCACAUCUUUACUGAACCGCCAACGCAAUUCAUUGCGCAUUCACACAAACCUCAGAGAUGGGUAUAAUCUCCUGGACCCAAUAGCAGUAGUUGUCCUGGCAACUGCAGCAACAAUUGCAAUGAUCAGCACGAGGAAAACUUCAUACCUCAACUGGAUAGCUUCUGCAGUUAACACUGUAGUAAUCUUAUUUGUGAUAAUUGCAGGAUUUGCUCAUGCCAAUACGUCAAAUUUGACACCCUUCUUGCCAUAUGGUGCUAAAGGAGUCUUUCAGGCUGCUGCAAUUGUUUACUUUGCUUACGGCGGAUUUGACAAUAUUGCCACCAUGGCUGAAGAAACCAAAAACCCAUCGAGAGAUAUACCAUUAGGAUUGCUUGGAUCAAUGUCCAUUAUCACCGUGAUAUAUUGCUUGAUGGCGCUUUCACUGGCUAUGAUGCAGAAAUACACAGACAUAGAUCGAGAAGCAGCAUAUUCUAUAGCUUUUCAGAGUGUGGGCAUGAAAUGGGCAAAAUACCUGGUAGCUCUUGGUGCCCUAAAGGGAAUGACCACUGUUCUUCUUGUAGGGGCACUAGGACAAGCACGAUAUACUACUCAUAUUGCACGAGCUCACAUGAUUCCGCCAUGGUUUGCUCUUGUCCACCCAAAAACAGGAACCCCCAUAAAUGCUACACUCUUGAUUGCCAUUUCAAGUGCCUGUAUUGCUUUCUUUUCGAGCUUGAAUGUCUUGGCAGGCCUGUUAUCGGUGAGCACACUCUUUGUCUUUAUGAUGAUGGCAGUUGCACUUCUGGUGAGGAGAUACUAUGUGAGGGAAAUCACCCCACGAAUUAACCUCCUGAAGCUAGUUAUCUUCUUGCUGAUCAUUAUUGCCUCCUCAAUGGCAACUUCAGCCUACUGGGGACUAAAGCCCGAUAGUUGGCCAGGAUACAUCAUUACCGUUCCUCUUUGGUUCUUGGGAACUGCAGGGAUUUCAUUUUUUGUGCCUCAACAGAGGACGCCAAAAGUUUGGGGGGUUCCACUUGUCCCCUGGCUUCCAUCCUUGUCAAUUGCAACAAAUAUCUUUCUCAUGGGAUCUUUGAGUUCUGAUGCAUUUAUCAGAUUUGGAGUCUGCAGCCUUGUAAUGCUCGCAUACUAUAUAUUCUUUGGUCUCCAUGCAACUUAUGAUAUGGCUCACCGCCCACCAGCAACACAAAAUGAAGUCUCUGGAAUUUGAUGAUGAUAACAUCAAACAGAAGGCAGGACCUUGAAAUCAUUGUACUUCCUUUAUCCUUUAGCCUCCCAAUGCUUAAUAAGAUUUCCUUCCCGGUUAUGUUUCAUACCAGGAUGGC